GCACGUCUCCGACGUCAGCGCAACCACUUCCGCCCUCACGCUCCGCGGGAGCCCCCGCCUCUCGCGAGAAGCGCGUGCGCGGAGCUGGCGGCUGCGGAGAAGCGGGGAGGGCGUCCCGGGUACCAGGUGUGCAGCGCAGCGGGGAUGGCAGACUUUGGGAUCUCGGCUGGCCAGUCCGUGGCGGUGGUCUGGGAUAAGCCCUCCCCGCUGGAGGCUCUGAAAGACCUGGUGGAAAAGCUGCAGGCGUUAACCGGCAGUGAGGGCCGAGUGUCUGUGGAAAACAUCAACCAGCUGUUGCAAUCUGCACACAAAGAAUCUAGCUUUGAUGUUAUUCUAGCAGGUGCAAUUCCUGGAAGCUGCACUCUGCACAGUGCUGAGGUUCUGGCUGAGAUGGCCCGGAUCCUUCGGCCUGGGGGAAGUCUGUUUCUGAAAGAGCCAGUGGAGACAGCUGUAGUUAAUGAGAGCAAAGUGAAGACGGCGUCUAAGCUGUGUUCUGCCCUGACUCUGUCUGGUCUCGUGGAGGUAAAAGAGCUGCAUCGGGAGUCCUUGAGCCCUGAGGAGAUACAGUCUGUCCAAGAACAUCUGGGUUACCAUAGUGACAGUUUGGUCUCUGUGCAAAUCACAGGCAAAAAACCCAACUUUGAAGUGGGUUCUUCUAGUCAACUUAAGCUUUCUACUGCCAAGAAGUCGUCUCCUUCGGUGAAGCCUGCUGUGGACCCUGCAGCUGCCAAACUCUGGACCCUCUCGGCCAAUGACAUGGAGGAUGAGGGCAUGGAUCUCAUUGACUCAGAUGAGCUGCUGGAUCCAGAGGAUUUGAAGAAGCCAGACCCAGCUUCCCUGCGGGCCCCUUCCUGCGGAGAAGGGAAGAAGAGGAAGGCCUGCAAGAACUGCACGUGUGGCCUUGCCGAAGAACUGGAAAAAGAGAAUUCCCGGGAACAGACGAGCUCCCAACCCAAGUCGGCUUGUGGGAAUUGUUACCUGGGCGAUGCUUUCCGCUGCGCCAGCUGCCCCUACCUCGGGAUGCCAGCCUUCAAGCCCGGGGAGCAGGUGCUCCUGAGCAACAGCAACCUCAGCGAUGCCUAGGAGGGACCCGCGGGCACACGGCUCCUCCGGCCACUCCUGCCUCAGACCCUGUCUCUGCAUGGGCUCCCUCUCUCCGAAACCCGUUUGCAGGGAGGGGCUCAGGCAGAGUGAAGCCGGCUGUGGGGUGCAGGGGUGUGUAGUGCUGCUGUGGAUCAAAAGACCAAGGUGUCCUGGGCCAGUUACCUGGGCGGGCCGGUUUCUUCAUAGUGUUAGGGAAUCGGAUGUGUCCUGGAGCGGUCCCCCUCCCAGGGUCAUUGUGCUGAUCAUAACACUCCGAGCCCAGGCUCCCCGAGUAUUAACUCCGUGACAGGGCCCUGCCCCUACUCUGUGCUCAGCGGGUGCCGCUAGUGUCUUACCGAGUUGGUGGCUUACUCGCCAUGCAGUUCCUGGUGACGUGAGUCAAGGGAUUCGUCACCUCAGGGCACCAAGGGAGUCACUCAGGGGUUGCUGUGAUCAUAGUCCCUGUACCCCUCCACCCCCACCCGUGUUUUCGUGUGUUGCACCUGUGCUCUGUUCAUCUGCAGUUACUAUUAAACUCGUGUACUUCCACGGA